UUGACCAGUGUCAGAGCAACUUGUUUCAUGUGAGGACUCCACUUCAUAUUCCUGCAGUACUUGCUUCUACUUCUACUUUGGGGGCUCUCCACUAUCAUCAUGUCAACUGUACAAGAAGACCCAGCCACUGAGAAGAGGUAUGGAGGAGUUGGUCGGUGCAAGUGCUCAUUCUGGUUUGCUGUGGCCCACGACAUACUUGGUGUCUUCAUCAUAUUGGUGGGGGUGUUUGGAGGGCUGGUUGUCCAUGACUUGUUUGUCUAUUCCGGGGCCAUUAUCAUCUUCUUCAGCCUGAUCUGGUGGGUGUUCUGGUACACGGGCAACAUUGAUGUGUCACCCAAUGAGCUAGAGGAUGAUGUGGGCCUGAUCAAGGUGAAGAAAAGUGGACUCAGCCAGGUUGUGCGGCGGGUUUCUGACCGCCUCUCCAACGGCAUCAGGAACUCUUUCAGAAAGAAAGGUCAAUCUGUCAGAGAGGAACCUGCAGGCCACAACAGACCUUCAAACACCAGUACAGAUGUGUCACUCUCCACUAUACACGACAGCACCAACGCUUCCUCCUCAAAAACAUUUUUGCGGGAGACCUUGUCAGUAUGAACUAGCACAUAAAAGACUUGGAUCUUUAUUUUUGUUCCAUUUUGAAUUUAUUGAAAGUGAUGUACUGUUUGCUCUGCACUGGUAAUGAUUAGACAACAUUGAAGUCUCAUCUUGAUAAGGUCUGCAUGCUUGUGUGUUGCUGAUAAGGAAGAAACUUUGCACACAAUAACAAUGUUUCACCGACACCUUUAGAGAUUUAAAGGAAGACCAUUGUAACUGUAAAUCAAAAAGAGGAUUAUAAUGA